CAGGCGAACUAUCAUCAUUAUUUGUGUGGCGGCGACUGCGCAGUGCAGCUUUGGGCCUAAAAUAGUGUUGCGGUCGGAGCGGGGAAGGAAGGCGACUAGAAACAAUGGCAAUGGCGGCUACUGCAGCUGGAGGAACGGGCUCAGGAAGCACCGCAGUUACCGGGCAAGGGGGUAGCGGUGCAUCAGCACUCGGGGUGGGCAGGAAAAAAGAUGGGGGGCCGCCGGUGAAGUACUGGGAGAGCGCGGAGACGAUUUCCCAACUUGAGUCGGUGCGGGUUUGGACCGGGAAGCAUUACAAAAAGUAUGUUCAGGCCGACUCCCCCACCAAUAAAACGCUUGCAGGUCUGGUGGUGCAGCUGCUGCAGUUCCAAGAAGAUGCCUUUGGGAAACGUAUCAAUAACCCUGCGCUCACCAAACUGCCGGCAAAGACCUUCCUGGACUUCAAGGCAGGAGGUGCCCUGUGUCACAUCCUGGGGUCAGUCUACAAAUUCAAGAGUGAGCAGGGAUGGCGAAGGUUUGAUUUACAGAACCCAUCCCGGAUGGACAGAAAUGUUGAGAUGUUCAUGACUGUUGAGAAAACACUGGUGCAGAAUAACUGCCUGACCAGACCUGCUGUCUACCUUGUCCCUGAAAUUGAGCAGAAGCUGGCGACUAAACUAAAGGACAUCAUCAAGCGGCACCAGGGUACUGUUACAGAUGACAAGUCCAAGGCUUCUCACCACAUCUAUCCUGUCCCUUCCUCACUGGAGGAUGAGGAGUGGCUGCGUCCGGUGAUGCGGAAGGACAAACAGGUGCUGGUGCACUGGGGGAUGUAUCCGGACAGCUAUGAUACCUGGGUUCCAGCCAGUGAUGUUGAUGGUGAUAUUGAAGAAAACCUGAACCCUGAUAAACCCUGGAAGGUUCAUGCAAAGUGGGUCCUGGACACAGAUGCCUUUAAUGAGUGGAUGAACGAGGAAGAUUAUGAAGUAGAUGAGAACAAGAAGUCUGUGAGUUAUCCCAAACGCAUCUCCACCCAGAUUCAGGAGUCCUCCCGCACCCCUGAUCGAAAGGAACGGAAAGCGGCUGCUUCCGGGAAAAAGAGGAGGCGCUCCCCCUCUCCCCCUCCCACCCCUGCAGAGUCCCGAAAGAAGGGCGGAAAGAAGGGCCAGCCCACCCCAAACUGGAAGAGACGCAAUCAGCGUGAGGAGGAGGAGGAACAUGAGGAGGAGGAGGAACAAGAAGACCUGACCAAGGACAUGGAGGACCCCAUCCCUGUCCCCAACAUGGAGGAGGUCAUCCUGCCCAAGAACGUGAAUCCCAAAAAGGACAGUGAGAAUACCCCAGUGAAAGGGGGCACCGUGGCUGAUCUGGAUGAGCAAGAUGAUGAGCCCACGGUUACCAGCGGGAAGGAGGAGGAGGAGCAGGGAAAGGCAGAGGUGAACCGCUUGAUCGACUCCAGUGAAGACAAUGUGACAGAGCAGACCCACCACAUCAUCAUCCCCAGCUAUGCGUCCUGGUUUGACUACAACUGUAUCCAUGAGAUUGAGAGGCGUGCCCUGCCAGAGUUUUUCAAUGGGAAGAACAAAUCCAAAACCCCAGAGAUAUUCCUGGCUUAUCGUAACUUCAUGAUUGACACUUACCGGUUGAACCCACAGGAGUACCUCACCAGCACCUCCUGCAGGAGGAACCUCACUGGGGAUGUGUGUGCUGUCAUGAGGGCACACGCCUUCUUGGAGCAGUGGGGUCUGAUCAAUUACCAAGUGGAUGCUGACAGCCGUCCUCUGCCGAUGGGCCCCCCGCCCACACCCCACUUCAAUGUCCUGGCAGACACCCCCUCUGGACUGGUACCCCUGCAACACCGCCCCCCCCAGGUCCCGGCCUCCCAGCAGAUGCUGAACUUCCCAGAGAAGGGCAAGGACAAGCCCUCAGACAUGCAGAAUUUUGGGCUCCGCACUGACAUCUACUCCAAGAAAACACUCAACAAGAGCAAAGGAGCCAGUGCAGGGAGGGAGUGGACCGAACAGGAGACCCUGCUCUUGCUGGAGGCUCUGGAAAUGUACAAGGACGACUGGAACAAGGUGUCUGAGCACGUCGGGAGCCGCACCCAGGACGAAUGUAUCCUGCACUUCCUGCGGCUGCCCAUUGAGGAUCCCUACCUGGAGAACUCGGACGCUUCCCUGGGGCCACUAGCCUAUCAGCCCGUCCCCUUCAGCCAGUCCGGUAACCCUGUCAUGAGCACCGUGGCUUUCCUGGCCUCCGUAGUGGACCCCCGCGUGGCAGCUGCCGCUGCAAAGGCAGCUCUGGAGGAGUUCUCACGGGUGCGUGAGGAGGUCCCAGCAGAGCUGGUGGAGGCUCACGUCAAGAAGGUCCAGGAAGCGGCCAAGAGCACUGGCAAAGUUGACCCAGCCUUUGGGCUUGAGAGCAGUGGCAUAGCUGGCACCACCCCUGAGGAUCCAGAGAAGCUAGAUGCCCUAGAGUCUGAGAAGAUGGAGACAGAGACUGAAGGACAGCAGCUAGAGAAGUCUUGUGUCUCUGGUGUUCAGGUGGAGAACAAGGAGGAUGCAGCAGCAGAGAAGCCCAGCGAGCCUGCAGAGAAGCCACAGGAGCGUGUGAAGAGCGAGGCCACGGAUUCAGAGAAGGAGGAGGAGGCAUUGGCCGGGGAGGAGAGCAGGACAGAUAAAGACCAGGAGGAGGAAAAGGAGAACAUGGACACCAGUAGGGACAGUGACUGGGAGUCUGGGAAGAAGAAAGUGGAGCCCGAGGUGGGGGAGGGGAACAUUGCCACAGCCGCAGCAGCAGCUCUGGCCUCCGCAGCAACUAAAGCCAAGCAUCUGGCUGCAGUGGAGGAGAGGAAGAUCAAGUCCCUGGUGGCCCUAUUGGUUGAGACCCAGAUGAAGAAGCUGGAGAUCAAGCUGAGACACUUUGAGGAGCUAGAGACCAUCAUGGACCGUGAGAAGGAAGCGCUGGAGCAGCAGAGGCAACAGUUGCUGACGGAGAGACAGGCUUUCCACAUGGAGCAGCUGAAGUAUGCAGAGAUGAAGGCUCGCCAGCAGAUGGAGCAGCAGCAGGCAGCAGCGGCCGCCCAGAACCCAUCCGGGCAGCACCCUGCUCUACCAGGCAUGAUGGGGCACCAGCAGCCCCCUGCCUUCCCCGUGAUGCAUCACCAGAUAGGACCCCACCACCCCGGACAGCCAGGGCCUAUUGGAGGGCCUAUGGGACCAGGCCAGCCCAUGGCAGGGAGAAUAUUGACCAGUGCUCCAGGUGCACCCUCCCACCCUGCCCAGCCAAGCAAUCCCCUGAUGAUGGGACCCCGGCACCCAGGAGCACAGAAUGGCAUGUACCCCACCCCACCAGUGCAGCCUGAUGGGAUAGCUCCAACCCCUGCAGGACCUCCGGCCGCCCCUGCCUCAACCCGAGUGGCUGAGAACUAGUACAUGAACCAACCAAAUAACACCUCGCCCCCACCCCCUAGUCCUGAUACGCUUACUUCAGCUCACACUGUUGCAGGAUAGAUAUCUUGUAGCAGGCAACCUCCCAGAGCAGCCCAUAGUCCUUUCCAAAACAAAAUGGAAGGCAAUUGGAAAUAAAAUAUUUGUUACAGGAGUGGAGUUUUAUCCUCAAUCUUGUCCUAUCAAUUCUAAAGACACAUUCAUAAAAAAAUAAAAUUGGGAUCGUCUAGCUAUUGUCUGCUCUAACAUUGGCAUGUGUUGAUUUGGUCAAUUACAAAAACAAGAUUUCCUCUUUUUUAACCUCCCACAGUUCUAGGGAAGAGCCUGGGUAUUUGAACACUCUCCUCUUUGAAGAACUACCUCUGACUCCCCACAUAUCUGGGUCUGUUUUGAAGAUGUCUUCUGCUUUUAAGGCUCAGUCUCUAAUCACAGCGUACCUUGAUCUGUAUCUGUAACUUUGUUUUAUAUAAAUAGAGCAGUGAGUAAGUGCUGUCUUAAUUUACACUUCUCAGAUUAUAGGGGAGGUGGGGAAAUACAAAGUGCAACUAGUCAUGGCUUGUAGGAAGCUCAGUUUGCUGUGACCUGUUUUUUAAACAGUUUAGCAAUAGAUAUUAUUUGGUUGCUGCUGUUCUUGACCAAGGGCUGUGUCAUUUCCAAGGUCUACAAUUUAAUUGAAUCUCUCCUCACACACACACACACACUACUGAGGGAUCACACAUUUAUAGAUUACCACAUUUGAGAAGCGACAUCAAAUGAAUAUCUCUACUGAAAGGGAGUAGGUGAUCAAAGUUCUCCUAGCCCUCCUUUUUGGAUGGGAAGGCUUAUGCACAAACAGUUCAGUUUUCCUUUUACUCUAUAACGCUUUACUGGUGUAGACAGAACCCCCACCCCCACCCCCUUACUACCACCAAGCCAAAUGGCUGUGACAUCUUGUAAGUUAGAGGUUCAGGAAAACCAAAAACAUGAUGUGAAAUCAAGCCUGCGUUUCGAGUAGAAGUGUUUUGUAAAUGUCUUCGUGCUCCAAUUUAAAAUAGCUACUUUUAGAUCUUUAUCAAAACUUCUCUUGUCAAAACAUUGUUUCUCCUUUUGUGUUUAGUACUACAUUAGAGCAUAGCUGUCAUCAGAAACAUUUGUUUGCUGCUGGUCAAUAUAAAUGAGAUAUAACAAGGGUGAAGUUGUGGGGUUUGGCCAAAGCCUUUAUUGUGUGUACAGGUUUGAAUCCCACCUCCCUGGCCAUACAGUAUUCCUAUCUGGGCCAAAAAAUAAAAAAAAAAGGUUAAACUUAAGGUUCUAACUAAUCCAAUUUGAUGCAGCUCUCAGUACAGAUCACACUUGCUGCAUGGACCAGGGGUUGUUUAGGGGAGAUUUUUCCAAUUGUGAAAGGUGACUUAGCAAAGAACUUCUGGCACAUUCAAACCAUGUGUGUUGAUUUUUGUUUUGUUUGAUCUCUUCCUUGGAAUACAGUCUCGGAUCACAGAAUUUGCUAGUGUGAAUGUUACUGGUCUCAUUCUUUUCUUUGUGAAAUGCAUUCCGGUGAACUGGAAGCUGUGUGUCCACUGCUGUCACCUUACCUUCUAGGGUAUGUUGGUACAGGGGAAAUGAACUGAACGGCAUUGCUCAAUACAUUUUGUAUUUGUUUUAUUUUUUAAAUAACUUUGUGUAGACUCUCACUUUGGUGUUCAUGCAGUUUAUAUGUUUUUAAUUGGUACUGAGACCUUGACACUGUCAAAUAAAAGUUGUGUUUUGUAUGAAAA